CAAAAUGGUUGAAUGGACUUUAAUAUUGACUCCACCGGCUUCUGGCUUUUUCUAGGACACUCACCUCCUGGAAAACCUGAGAUCCUUAAAUGCCGUUCUCCUGAAAAGGAAACCUUCACUUGCUGGUGGAAGCCUGGGACAGAUGGAGGACUUCCUACCAAUUACACUUUGACUUACCACAAGGAAGGAGAGACAAUCACCUAUGAAUGUCCAGACUACAAAACCGGCGGCCCCAACUCCUGUUACUUUAACAAGAAGCACACCUCCAUAUGGAAAAUAUACAACAUCACAAUAAACGCCACUAACCAGAUGGGAAGCAGUUCCUCCGAUCCACAUUAUGUGGAUGUGAUUUACAUAGUUGAACCAGACCCUCCUGUGAACCUGACUUUAGAAGUAAAACAACCAGAAGACAGAAAACCGUAUCUAUGGAUAAAAUGGCUUCCACCCACACUGGUUGAUAUAAACUCCGGUUGGCUCACACUCCAGUAUGAAAUUCGAUUAAAACCUGAGAAAACCGCAGUGUGGGAGACCCAUUUUGCUGGACGUCAGACUCAGUUUAGUGUCCUCAGCUUAUAUUCGGGACAGAAAUACCUUGUCCAGGUUCGUUGCAAGCCAGACCAUGGAUUCUGGAGUAAGUGGAGCCCAGAGAGUUCCAUUGAAAUACCAAGUGACUUCAUCGUGAAAGAUACAACUGUGUGGAUCUUUGUGGCCGUUCUUUCUGCUGUCAUUUGUCUGAUUAUAGUCUGGGCAGUGGCUUUGAAAGGAUACAGCAUGGUGACCUGCAUCUUUCCACCAGUUCCUGGGCCAAAAAUAAAAGGAUUUGAUACUCGUCUGCUGGAGAAGGGCAAGUCUGAAGAACUCCUGAGUGCUCUGGGAUGCCAAGACUUCCCUCCCACUUCAGAUUGUGAGGAAUUGCUGGUGGAGUUUUUAGAAGUGGAUGAUAGUGAGGACCAGCAGCUAAUGCCAGCACACUCUAAAGAACACCGAAGUCAAGGCCUGAAACCCACUCACCUGGAUCCUGACAGUGAUUCUGGCCGGGGCAGCUGUGACAGCCCUUCCCUUCUGUCUGAAAAGUAUGAGGAACCCCAAGAAAAUCCCCCCACAUUCCACACUCCUGAGGUCAUCAAAAAGCCAGAGAAUCCUGAAGCAAAUAUUACCUGCACCUGGGACCCCUGGGACAUUCACUUGGAAAGUAAAAUAUCGUAUUUUCAUGCUGGUGGAUCCAAAUCUUCAACAUGGCCUUUACCACAGCCACCUAGUCACCACAGCCCGCGAUCUUCUUACCACAACAUGGCGGAUGUGUGUAAGCUGACUGUGACCCCUGUGAAUGCAGCCAUUACUUUGUUGGACAAAACAGAAAAUGAUGCUGUAAAAGCCUCUAAAACCGUUGAGACUGGAGAGGAGGAAAAGACAGGCAAGCCAAGGGAGAUGGAAAGCUCCCCUUCCAAGAUUGACCAAGACAUAGCAUGGCUGCUGCCCCAGCAGAAACCCCUGUUUCUCUCUGCUAAACCCUUGGAUUAUGUGGAGAUUCACAAGGUCAACAAAGAUGGAGCACUAGCAUUGCUACCAAAACAUAAAGAGAGCAGCAAUAAGACAGAGAAGCCUGGUACUCCAGAAACCAGCAAGGAGUAUGCUAAGGUGUCCAGGGUGAUAGAUAACAAAAUUCUGGUCUUAGUGCAAGACCCCCAAGCUCAAAAUGGGGCUUUGUUGGAAGAAUCAGCCAAGGAGGCUCCUCCGUCACAUCAACAGAACCAAGCUGAGAAAAACCUGGCCUGCUUCACUGCGACAGCAGAUAACUGCAGACUCCAGAUGGGGGGCUUGGAUUACCUGGAUCCCACUUGUUUUAUGCACUCUUUUAACUGAUGGCUGGGCUCAUGGAAUGAUCAGUUACAGUGUGAUUUCUCUUCAGGUAACACUACAGAGUCAAUGAAAUGCAAUCUAGCAGCAUAUGUCCGAGAAUGUGGUUAGAAUGACACUACAAAAACUCACUUGCCAUU